ACUGCUGGCAAAUGGCCGCUUGUCUAUAGAACUUCUCGUUUGGUUUAUACAAAAUGUCACAAUUUGAAAUUUACUAACGGUUUUGAUAUACAAGUGAAAAUAGGUUAGCGGAUAAAUAACCUACAACUGCUCAGCGACCGCCAAAACAAAAGAUCACUUCCGUUAGAUGUCGCGGGAUAUUCAAAAGCAGGAUGAGUACGUUUGGCGGGAAAAUUCAAGAAAUUGAGACCAUUAGCAUCGAUCGAUUUACUGGAGAAAAUUUGUGUUCAGAAGCAUUCUUUUUGUCUCAUUGUCACACUGAUCAUAUGGAAGGUAUUUUCAGAGAUGAGUUUAAAAAUCAGUUAAAAGAUAAUAAUAAAAUCUUGUAUGCCUCCCAAAUAUCAUGUAAAAUUUUAGAACAAAUGGAAGUUUGUUCUAAAUGUCACCUAAUGGCGUUAGAGUUAAUGGUACCUACAACAAUUUAUUUAAAAGAUGCUCAAUUCACUGUAACUUUAAUACCCGCAGGGCAUUGUCCUGGAUCUGUAAUGUUCCUUUUUGAAAGUAAUAAAAGAAUUCUGUAUACAGGGGAUUAUAGAAUUAGAAAGAGUGAUAUCAGAAAGUUUAACUGUUUUUUUGACAAGGAGGGAAAAAUAAAAGUAAUUGAUAAAAUAUAUUUAGACACGACUUUUUUUCACAAAAAAUUUUUUAGUUUUCCUAGAAGAGAGGAAAGUCUUAGAGAAAUUUGCGAAAUUAUCGAAGAUUGGAUAAACAAGGGCAAAGAUUUCCAUAUAUAUCUUGAUACAAGUGCUAAAUAUGGAUACGAAUAUCUUUUUAAAGAAAUUUAUAUGAAAAUAGGCAUGCCAAUCCACGUUAAUUACAAUGCCAAUAAACUGUACUCACUUGUACCAGAAAUGGACUGUGCAGUAACUUUAAAUAGUGAUAUAACUCAAUUACAUUCACAUUGUUUCGGCUGGAAGCAAACCUGUUAUUUUAAUGAUAGCAAUUUAAAAACUAUUAGGGUAUCAGCUCUAAGGUGGGAACAAGAAGAAUUAGCUCUAGGCAUAUCAGAAUAUAAAUCUGGAAUUCACUACGUUUGUUACUCUACCCACGCUUCGUAUGAAGAAGGUAUAGAAUUAAUUAGGUUUCUUAGACCAAAUGCAAUAGAAGUAUGUGUAAAGCAUCAGGAUCCUCAAUUAAAUAGAGAAAUGUCUGACGAAAUUGAUGAGCUUGUGAAAGAAUUUCAUGUAGAAAAAAGAACUAAAAUAAUGCCGAAAUUAUUUAACACUGAAAGGAAUAGAAAAAAAUUAAAAAGUACUAAACGGCGUUCUACUUCUCAAAUAUUAAAUUCACCUCCCAGAACGUCAUCUGUACAAGGCUGUGAAAUUAAAUCAGAGAAUAUUUCCUAUCAAGUUAGUGCCUCUGGAGAAAAAUGUAUUAUCGAGUCUACAUCUAAAGAGGAAUUUUUAUCUGUAGCUUUGUUCGAAAUAGAUAAGCAAGACAAUAAUAAUUUAAGUUUGCCUUUAGAACAUAUUGCUUCAUCGCCUGAAACAGAUUUGUCAGUGAAAAGAAGUAUAGAUACAGUAGAUGAAGCAGAAAUAAUGAAUGUGUUAAAACCUUUAAAGCAAAAGGAAGAAGUUGAAGACAGCGUUUUAUUUAACCUAAUAUUUACUCCACCAGAAACAAGCACUACCAGUGAAGGUGUAAAAGAUUUAGAAGUAGAUAAAAUGACUGACAAUCUUAAAGAAGAAGAAGAAGAUAGUGUGAUUUUAAAAAUAAUUAAUUCCUCUCACGAUUCUGAAAGGUAACAUUACAUAACUUAUGGACAAUAAUUACAGGUAAGCAAAAAAAGAGAGGCAAAAUUAAGUUCUUUUGUUUUAUCAUGCUUUAUUAAGUAAACAUCAAUAUUGAAGAAUAAAAUUCAUAUUGUUAAUG